AUGGCGCUUCCCUCGGUUUCACGUCCAGUGCUGCUGCAACCGCUGUCCCAGCUAAGGCUUGACGAGUCGCUGGCAGCGACGCUCACCGCUCCUAGCUCCGCCACUACCAAUGACGAGAUCGACCCGUUACACCGAGAUCACGACACUCCCAGGUUCCCCGCUGACCCGGAGUCGACUAAUCGAUCGUUCGAAACGACUAAUGAAACCUCCCCGGAAGUGUAUGUGGCCCAGGAGUCCCAAUACAUCACCAAUACCGCUCAGGCCCGAAAGCCGCUGGAACUGUCGCUGGUAGGCAGCCACGACGACCAGGCGUACUGGGAGGAGAUGGCGCUGACACAAGCGGUUACCAGAUCCCAUUUGCAACCACCAAUGUCGUCACUGUCGCAAAUUAGAGGGUCUUUACCCAGUUUACCCAAUUGGCCCACUUCCCCAAUAAGGUCAGGCUUAGACGGUUCUCAAUGGCAAGUACAAGCACAAGCACCGUCCAAGUCUCUGCAAUUGCUUGUCUCGCAAGAUCUGGCGUUCCAGCUGCUGAGUGUGGGCCAAGCCGUGGACGAAAUGGACCACGUACGCCUGAUUCACCUGAUGUUGAUACUAAAGCAGCAGUUGCCGUCGUCGCCGCCUGCUUCGAUACUGCUGGAAUCGCCUCGCACUACCAGGUUACCGCUGAUCCUGCAAGUGGUAUCGCCUGGACUUGGUUCUCGUCGAGCGUCUCUGGGUCUCGUGACUCUGAUUACUACGAAGAGGGCUCUGUCUGUUGGUUCCCCCACUAUAUCAAGAAAGUCCUUAAAAAAGGAGUUGACCAGUCUCAACUUCCCUAGACGCCGGCGAGCCAGUACUUUACUCCCCACCCCAGCAACUAGCAUCGAUCUGUCAAUUACUCACGCCUUGGUCAACAACAAACCUUUCCAAAAGACUAAGGUCAAGAUUGAGACUGAUGGUGAUUACCAACCAGCUACGAUACCCAUUCCCACUACCCCGAAAAAGCGUCUGAGACGCUCAUCACCGGCCUCCAUCGACCAACCUUCCACUGCUAAAGCUAAGCUGAAGGUGACCAAGAUCCCAUUCUACCCUCGACAACUCAGUUUUCAAAACCAGUGGCCCCACAGUUUUCCCAUUACCAUUCACUAUACACAGAAACGCCCGCGCAAGUCGCGUGCUGAAGGGUGCUGGACGUGUCGUCUCCGCAAAAAAACCUGUCCUCGCAACGGCCCCGUGUGCCACACCUGUGCUCGCUUAAACCUCGCCUGUGACUACCUGGAGGUGCGGCCAAUGUACAUGGACGUGCCCGGAGCACGUGCCGCCAAGCUCGCCGAGAUCCGCCUGGUCACCGACCACAAGAAGGUCGAACACUUGCGCGAGAUCCACCGAUAG